UUGAAAUUCCAAUCCAAGUUUUUCGUCCUUUUCUAUCCGAGUCGACUUCCCGAAGGUUGGGAGCAAAGGACGGACGUGAAUGGUCGAGUCUACUACGUCGAUCACAUCAAUCACAGAACGACUUGGUAUAGUCCUCUGUUCUCCGAGAACGAGAGUUGGAUGAAUGCCUCUAGGCAAAGCGUUGGUGCUACUGUUCCCCGAAAUGGGGAUGAAAACGCACCUCCCAGCGAAGGUCCCAUUCCACAGACUUCCACACCUGGGGACGCUUCUUUUGAUGAUCCAGAUGCCAUUGAAGACCCGCAGCAAGUUCGACAAACCCUUCGUCAUGGUGGUCAAACUCUCCUCUCGCAUCACACUCAAAGCCGCCAGCCUUACUUCAACUACAACACCUUAUCCCCGGAGCAACAGGUGCAAGCCGCACAGACAAUGUAUCUUAGACGGCAUCAGGUUAGAGCUGAGGAUACAACACCUCAGACGGAGUCCCUGCCAGUUGUCGCGGGAACAAGUGAUGAAGCGGCACCCAUUUCUGGUCUUACUGGAGCGCGGGCUACGGAUUUCGAGAUUCCAAAACCGUCAGCACUGCCCUUGGAAUGUGAGCAGUCAGAGGUUAUUCGAGAGGUCUGCAUUGCACCUACGCAUAUGCUACCACUGGCAGCUGGUGGUGAGACGGUUUCUCCCGUUGAGAACAGAAGCACCACCAUUGAAAGUCCACCGUCGCCGGCGGUGACGAUGGGGACUCCCAACGGUCCGAUGGCAAGCGAUAACACGAUCUCGAUUGUGCCUCCCGAUGAUGAUCCCCUCCCUCGAGGUUGGCAGAUGGCUGUCACGGCUAGUGGUCGACGGUUUUUCAUCAAUCACAACGACCAAACUACCACUUGGAAAGAUCCACGGAAACGAAGUGGGGAUACCUCUUCUACAAAGCCAGAGUCGUUAAUGACCACGUCGGUAAUGGCAAAGGCAGCUCAACGUCACGAUAUGCCGGUGCUGGGUCCUCUUCCACCCGGAUGGGAAGAACGCGUUCACAGCAAUGGUCGAAUUUUCUACAUCAACCAUAGUACGUUCCCCAUCGUCACGAUAGCGACGUGUCUACAGAAGAUAGAACGAAUUCUCACCCUUUCGUCCUUUUACCUACCAACAGACGCCCGCACAACACAAUGGGAGGACCCUAGGUUGGAACGGUUGGGCGGACCCGCUGUCCCCUAUUCUCGUAACUACCGACAGAAAUAUGAGUACUUCCGCUCGCGUCUUCGGGCACCACGCGAUCUCUCAGCUAAAUUUGAGAUCCGUGUCACGCGAUCCGGCAUCUUUGAGGACUCCUUCCGAUUGAUCUACUCUGUAAAGAAGCCAGAGAUGCUCAUGCAUAGAUUGUGGAUUGAGUUUCUGGGCGAAAAGGGGCUGGACUAUGGCGGCGUUCAGAGGGAGUGGUUCUUCUUGCUGUCAAGAGAGAUGUUCAAUCCGUACUAUGGCCUAUUUGAAUACUCCGCUGCGGACAACUACACCCUCCAGAUAAAUCCUCUCUCCGGCCUUGCGAAUGAAAAUCAUCUUCGAUACUUCAAGUUUAUCGGUCGAGUAUGUGGCAUGGCUGUCUAUCAUGGGAAACUGGUCGAUGGCUUCUUUAUCCGUCCCUUCUAUAAGAUGAUGUUGGGUCGAAAGAUUGGCUUAAAGGACAUGGAAGCCGUGGACUCGGAGUACUACCGCUCUUUAAAGUACAUCUUGGAUGCCGAUCCAAAAGACUUGGAGCUGACAUUCGCUGUUGACGAGGAGCAUUUUGGAGAGACGGUAGAGGUUGAACUGAUCCCGAAUGGGCGCAGCUGCCUCGUUACCAAUGCCAACAAACGCGACUAUAUUGAACGCAUAAUCAACUGGCGAUUCGUCUCUAGGGUGGAGCAUCAGAUGUGUGCUUUCCUUGAAGGUUUUAACGACAUCAUUCCUCUGGAAACCCUCCAACUCUUUGAUGCUAAUGAGCUGGAGCUCUUGAUGUGUGGUCUGCAGGACAUAAACGUCCACGACUGGAAGGCAAACACAUUAUACAAGGGUGAAUACCACGCCAACCAUCCCGUCAUCAUCAACUUUUGGAAGACGCUGUACACUUUCACAAAUGAACUGCGAAGUCGAUUACUGCAGUUUGUGACGGGAACUUCGCGAGUUCCAAUGAAUGGUUUUGUGGAGCUGUGGGGUUCUGCGGGUCCACAAAAAUUCACCAUCGAGAGUUGGGGCUCUCCAAACCAGCUGCCUCGUGCUCAUACCUGGUAA